GCCUCGCGUAUCCGAUGGUCCACGUUGCUGCUAUAUGGAUGGACACGUGAUUCUCAACACACAAGGGGUUCUUGAUUCAGUGGUUGCACCUGCAAAAGGCAUCCGGACAGGGUGUCCGGACGCACCCUCCGAUGGUUUUAUUAGCCAUGGUGAGAAAGAGAUAUAUAAAUCAGUUGGCCUUUUUUCUAGGUAUCAAGAGGUUACCAGGAGAUCCCCUUUCUUCUUCGUGCGAAGGUAUAUAUAUCCAGCUUCAGGGGUACUGUUCCUCUCAUUAAUGGUGAGGAGAUCUUUUCUGUUGUGAUGAUGACAAUAGGUGUUAGUAGGAGCACUAUCAUCCUACGAAUGGCUGUCAGAGACUAUGGUAGGUGAUGCGGCCGUCAGAGAUCGUGGGAAGCGAUUAUGCAGAAUGAUCGUGGGAAGUGACUUGCUGUCACUUCCUCUUGUCUUCUCAUUCUGCAGGUGAUGGGAUGUGGGCCAUGGCUGCUUGUUGUGAUUGCGUGUAAGACUCGCUUUACUUUAAUUGACCAUCCAGAAGAUUUAUAUCCGGAUGGCUCAUGCUGAUUAUCCGGAUGUGUUGUGGAGGCUAUCCGGAUGUGUACGCUCUGCCAGCGUCGUUUGCUCUUCCUUGGAUAGGAGAAGAUGAAACGUCGUUUGCCUUUCCUUGAAGCGGUCCGGAUAGGAUAACUGCACCAUGCAUAUCCUUAGGGGAAUCCGGAUGAUGAUGGUCCGGCUGAUAACACGUGCCACGCGUCACUAUGAGCUGCGUGCCACGUGUUUCCCAAGGGGAGGGGUCCCUACAUUGCCCCCCUUUUUAACUUGCCUAUUUUGCCUAAAAAAUGGGCGGGUUAAAAAUAACUGGCUUUUGAAAACUGAAGAAGUCCCUUCGUCUGACUGGGCCACGUGGCAAGUGGGGGUGCGGAAGCCAAAAAGGCAUUUAUGACGAGCCGCCGACCCUGCGUAUCCCCAGACAAUAUGUCGUUUCAAUGAUAACAUGGCUGUUGGUUUGGCUUUCCGAGGGGCUGUCCUGCUAUAAAUAGGGUACUGUACCUCUUUUUGUAUUUUUUUCUACUGCAUUCUCUUGAGAGUCUUUCUUCUUACUGCUUUUUCUACGCCCUUUGCUUUUCUGAGAAAAAAAAACUCCGAAAGCUCUUUUGUACCAGUGCUUUUGUAUCGCGACUUUGUUGGUUUGCUGCUGGUGAUUUUGUAUCAAGGCGGUACCCGUUCUUCUUCUUCGGUGCUGUAUUUGAUUUUGCUUUGGCUUUGUGGUAAGAAAUGGCUCCAAAAAAGACUGUUUCGUCUGUCCGGGUCAGCGAGGCUGGCGAAAAGGCGAUAGAUAAACUAAAUGCGAAGGAGUUCCGGGAGCGAUUCCGCAUCCCCCAUGACGUAUUGAUAGACCUGGUGAACGAGGAGGCGGCUAUGCCUACUGAGAAAGGUGGAAAAAACGCUAUCCUCUUCACAAAGGAACAAUUCAACGCGGGGCUCCGGUUCCCUCUGCCAGCCUUGUUCAAGGAAUUCCUCCACUUCUCUCAGAUUCCACCCAUCUUCAUUCAUCCCAACCUUGUCCGGGUGCUGAUGGGAUGCAACAUUAUCAACAUGCUGUACAGCCUCGACCUUACGCUACUGGAAUUGUUCUUUGUCUAUUCCCUGAAGAAAGCAAAGAAUGAUAUCUUCAGUGUGUCCGCUUACCUGCCCUCCCUUCAAAUGGUGACAGAACUGCCAGAUUCGACAAAGGGAGGGGCGAAGGGGCUGGUGGCAGUCUGGGGUGGAUGGGCGGGGCUAUCGCAGCAUCCGUCGAGGCCUUUUUCUCCGAAUUAUAGCUUAAAAAUUCCGGGUAAUCUUGUUUUGCGAUUUUUUAUCCGGAUUUUGCUUUGCUGAUUUUUUCUGAUUUUUUCGGACAGAAUUCUCACCUUUUGUUGCUGACAAUGCAGGUUUGGAAUUGAGGGGCCACCUUAUGGAUUGGGUGGAAAAGGCGUCCUUUGCCUGCGUCUGCAAAUUAUUUGAAAUAGACCCCAAGGAGAGGGCCUACAAAACAUUGCUUUCCGCGCGGAAUUUGACAGAGGUCGUCCGGGAGCCCCAGGAAUAUGUUAUCAAUAUUCUUCCUAGGAAACUGGCAAAGGAUG